AAUCCGCGCAUGCGCCCUGAGCAGUAUCAGUUGAAGAAGAAGCCAACAUGGAGGUGUUUGUGACUUCUCCGAGCUUUAGCUUCUGUAACUGGAUGUUUCCGGACGGGUCUCUGGUCCGAGACGUUCUGACCCGGUUCGUCCAGCAGCGGGGAGUUUGUUCUCUGGAGGAUUUCUACGUCAUCAGAAAUGGUCGCCUGUCUGAGCCUGAGGAUGCUCUGCAGCGUGGAGCCGUCUAUCACCUGGAGCCCCGCCUCUGUGGGGGGAAAGGAGGGUUCGGCUCCAUGCUGAGAGCUCUGGGUGCUCAGAUCGAGAAGACGACGAACCGCGAGGCGUGCAGAGAUCUGAGCGGCCGCCGCCUCCGAGACGUCAACCACGAGAAAGAGAUGGCCGAGUGGCUGAAGAAGCAGACGGAGCGCGAGGCGGAGAAGGAGCAGCGCCGCCUGGAGCGGCUCCAGAGGAAGCUGGCCGAGCCGCGGCACCAGUUCACCGACACAGAGUACCAGAGGCAGUGCCACGACCUGUCAGAGCGCCUCGAGGACUCGGUCAUCAAAGGUCUGCAGGCGUCCUCCAGCAGUCAGGUGAAGGUGGACGACAUCUCGCCGUCAAAGAGACCGAGCCGCGAUCACAGCGAGCAGCCGCAACCGAAGAAGAAGAAGAAGGCAGCCGCCGCAGCCGCCUGUUACUGGACGGGCGUGGGCGACAUGCUGAGCUCAGAGGAGGAGGAGGAAGAAGAUGAUGAAGAAGAUUCCCCGUCCUCUUCCUCCAGCUGUGGAGCUGCUGCUGAUGCUGUUACCAUGACGACACGCACAGAGGAGGCGGAGCAGAGCAGCAGCUCGUCUGCUGCCUCUGAGACCUGCAGUCCAUCCUCACAGACCUGCAGAGAGCCCAAAGCUCCGGAAACCUCUGGACCUGCAGAGACCUCUAGACCAGCAGAGACUUCCAGACCUGCAGAGGAGUCCGUCUGUUCAUCUCCACAGCAGGGUGGCCCUGCUGUGGACGUGUCCUCUCUGUCCUCGGUGGAGCAGCUGGAGUCUCUGGGUCUCAGCGUCCUGAAGGAGGAACUCAUGUCUCGUGGGUUAAAGUGCGGGGGAACGCUGACUGAGCGCGCCGCGCGCCUCUUCUCUGUCAGAGGACUGACUCCAGAUCAGAUCGACCCGGCCCUGCUCGCCAAAACCGCCAAGACCAACAGGAAGUGAACUCAUGAACACGCUGAAGUCUUUGUUUCUCAUCGGACCCUUUCUGGAUUCUUCUCCCCCGCUGAGACAGUGCAGCGCGUGUCAUAUUUAGUCGACUGUAACUAAACAUUAUCAACAAAUCAGGCUUUUAGCUGGUUUGUGAAUUCGUCCAAUUAGAAGGCAGCAUUUUCCAAAUAUUGUUUGAUAUUUCUGUCUGUACGGGACUUCUGUUCCCAAAAGGUGAACUGUCAGAUAUCAAGUUUGAUCUUUUUUAUUAAAAAUGUUUCUGAAGAAUAAA